GCAGUGGAGCGCUCUCUCACAGGACCUGCCUCUGAGACAGCCAUGGCCAGACUGGACAUCACCGAGCACUGCAAAGACAUCGCUUUCCCGGGACACAUGCACACCCAGGAGUCCCUGCAAUAUGCCCAGAAGUUCAAAUUUGAGGACACAGACACACUCAUCGUCACUUUCCCCAAGUCAGGCACCACUUGGAUGCAGGAGACCUUGACCCUGAUCUACAGUCGGGGUGACCCCACCCUGGCUCAGUCUGUUCCCAACUGGGCCCGGUCGCCCUGGCUGGAGCAAUUCUACUGUCCAGAUGUUCUUAGAGUCUGCAAGGGUCCUCGCAUCCUCACCACUCACCUGCCCUAUCACAUGCUGGCUUCUGCACUAGAGGGCUCCAAGGCUAAGAUAAUCUAUGUUGCACGAAACCCUAAAGAUGUUGCGGUGUCUUAUUAUCACUUCCAUAAAAUGGCUAAAUUCCUGCCUGAGCCCAACUCGUUUGAAGAUUUCCUCGACAGUUUCCUGGAUGGAACAGUGCAUUACGGAUCCUGGUUUGAUCACGUGAAAGGAUGGACUCGUUGCAGAAACAACCUGAACUUUUUCUAUAUCACCUAUGAGGAAAUGUUGCAGGACACCCAAUGCUCUCUGGAGAGGCUGUGCAGUUUCCUACAGCUCCCCCUGCUGGAGGAGGAGCUCAUCAGCACCCAGAGACACUGCAGCUUCAAUAACAUGAAGCAGAACAACAUGGUGAACUACACUCUCAUCCCCCAGGAGAUUAUGGACCACACCAAGGGCCAGUUCAUGAGGAAAGGCAAAAUUGGUGACUGGAAGAACCUGUUCUCCAAAGAGCAGAACCACCGCUUCGAUGACAUCUUCGAGGAGGAGAUGUUGAACACAGACCUCACCUUCGUAUGGGAAUGAUCUCAAGGUCUUCUGCCAGUGAAGAACAGACGAAGGAUUAUCGAGUACCCUGCCUGAGCAAGAGCAGAAUGCAGCAUCCCGUCAUUCAUUAUGUGAAUGGUAUUCAGUUUAGACUGAAAGCUUUUUUCUUAUUUAGAAAUAUGCCUUUUUAAUACUGUGAAUUUAGCCUGUAAAUAUUUUGUAAAUAAUUUAAGAUGUAAGACAUUAAAUGUGACUGUAUGGGUGAACAUGACAGAGCACUGCAUGUGAAGCUUAGCACUUUUUGGUUCGUGCAUUUAUGUUCUGUGGGCAUAACAUUUAUGUGGUCAUAAAUAUAAACAAUAAAUUAUUAAU